AUGGCUUCUAAGACAGCGCCGCUUGAAGAAAACGUAGGAAGGAAAGAUCUUGAUCAUACCGUACCAGCGGGCGUUGUGAACGGCGUCGAUGUCUCGGCGGAAAAGCAGUCAUGGAGGAGCUAUCUGUGGGAUUCGUGGGACAAGUCCCCAGAGGAACGAAGAUUGAUCCUCAAGCUUGACCUGACAUUGAUGACAUUUGGCUGUCUCGGAACCUUUAUCAAAUACAUCGACCGCUCCAACAUCAACUCCGCCUUCGUCUCGGGCAUGAAAGAAGAUCUCUCCCUCUACGGCAACGAACUCAACUACGCAAACACCGCCUUCAGCAUCGCGAACAUCAUCGGUCUCUGGCCCUGCAACCUACUGCUCACCAAAUCGAACCCCAAGUGGUUUAUCCCGUUCCUAGAGAUAGGGUGGACGAUAUGCACCUUUGCGCAGGCAGGCAUGAAGACGCCGAUGCAGAUGUACGUGCUGCGGACGCUUGUAGGGCUGUUUGAAACAGGGCAUUACUCGGCUGUUGUUUACCUUUGCGGAGGCUGGUAUCAGAAGUCGGAGCUGGCUAGGAGACUUGCUAUUAUCAAUGCUGCGACCGCGAUUGGGCCCAUGUUCAGCUCUUACUUGCAAGCUGCUGCUUACAAUGGGUUGAGCGGCGUGCAUGGAAUGGCGGGUUGGCAAUGGUUGUUCAUCAUCGACGGAGUCAUCUCUAUUGGUGUCAUCAUCCCGCAGUGCUUUCUAUACCCAGACGUUCCCGCGCGUCAGAAGCCCGACUUCGUAUUCUCUGAGCGGGAGAUCGAGCUGGCCCGGGACAGGAAUCCCCGUGAAGGGCGUGUCAAGCAAGGGAAAUUCACCAAGAAGCAACUCAAGCGCUGGCUCCUCACUCCCGAUAUCUGGCUCCUCUGGGUAAUAUCAAUCUGCAACUCUAUUGGCAACCAGCCUUCAAACUCGAUGGCCUUUUGGCUGAAGGCUUGGAACAAGAUCCAACCACACUCCUACACAGUCGCGCAAAUCAACAACUACACGACGCCCAUACAAGCCGUUACCAUUGUCGUCACGUUGAUCAUGGCCUGGUCGAGCGAUACGUGGCUCAAAGGCCGGCGCUGGCCUAUGCUCGUUCUGGGCGGCACAAUCAACGGGAUCGUGUGUAUCUUGCUGGCAGCCACGCCUGUGUUUCCGCACAACCGCGCUUUCAGAUGGUUUUUGUACUAUCAGACGGGGUGGGCGCAGGCUAGUAAUAGUAUGUUCUGGGCGUGGACUCAGGAUACGCUCGCUGGUGAUCCGGGGACGAGGGCUUGGGCCUCUGCGGGACUGAACGUUUGGGCGUGGACUUUCAUUGCUACUGUGCCUCUCGGGGUGUUCAAAACUACUGACCAACCAGCUGUUGUGGCUGGAAACUGGACUGCAGCGGGUUUCUGCUUUUUGCUUGCUUUUACGGCGGUUGCUUUGGCGUAUCUACAACAUUCAAGAGCGAAGAAUCAAGGGGAUUCAACGUAUGAGAACGAGGAACUUGAAAGCAGUUCGGAUCGUAUAGGGUCUAAGGAUGGUGUUCCUAUUCCGAGUGUGGACGCUACGAAGAGUUCUGGCACUUUUAUUACGACUGAGGCUCGCGCUUAG